AUGAAGCGAAAAUCAACAACAAGCUACAUCUAUAAUGAUGAUGAACAUGAACACCAACAAGACAGACUCAGCUCCUUACCGGAUGUUCUUCUAAUCUACAUAUUCUCCUUCAUCGACACCAAACUAGCACUUCAAUCUCAAAUUCUCUCCAAACGUUGGGUAAACGUCUGGACUCUGCUCCCUGUUCUCAACUUUGACUAUUCACUGUUACAACGUUUCGAUCAUUUCAUUCAUAAAGUCUUAACUUACCGUAAUGCUUCAAUUAAGCUGGACGCUGUUAAUAUUAAAGUUGCCGAUUACAACACAAUGGCUACAGUUUUUAAUUAUGCGAUGGUUAAUUGUGUCCCGAAUUUGAGCAUUGAUACGUCUGAUUACUUGACGAAAUACCGGCCGAUUCAAUGUUUGAAUGGUACUGAUUCGUUGGGAAAGUUGGAGUUGAAAGGGAUGUUUGAGUUUGGUAGGUUUUCGGUUUGUUCGGGUUUGGUUAAGUUGAGAUUUGAGCGGGUUAAGAUAGUUGAAUCCGACCCGUUUUCAUCAGACGAUGACGGUGGGUCGCCGGACAUCAGACCCGCUUCCGAAACAUGUUCUGAUUUUGUACCGCCGGAGAAGACGAAGACGACAAUUGUGUCAUCGGCGCCACCACCGCUGCGACGAUUUGCUGGUGAGGAUGGCGGUGGUGCUGGUUUUGGCAGUGAUGGUGGUGGUAGCAGCUGA